GAGCCGAGACAGCCUCCGGGACUCACACAGGCCUACCUAUUUUACAUUUACACCGUGUAAAGAUAGCAGAUGAAAGAGGAGGAGCGCCCAGUCGUUUCUUUAAACACCGGGGGUGAUGUUGCGGACAGCGCGCGGACUGCGUGACGGGACGACACGGUGUCGAGACUGAUCGGACGUUUUCACAGGUUGAUGAUCCUUCGUGGCAUCGAGCGGGGGAAGCCAGCAAAAGUAAAUAUAUGGUUUUAGUCUAUAGGCUGUGUGUGGUGACACGGGCUCGCUGUUAAAGGAGAGAAAGGCGGUGCCUGCUAGUUCCUGGAAAAAUACAGACCUCCGACCAGAAUGACACAUUUAACGUCUGCAGGUUUGGGUUUAUUCGCUGAAGUUGACGCUCAGACUUGGGCUCCGAGCAGCGUGUAGGAGGCUCGUCUCUCAGCCAGGGACCGUCUGUCUCGCACAGUUUGACAGAUAGCCAAUCAAAUUUGUUAUUCAAAUCAGUGCUCUUAUGUCAGUGACCUAUAUCUCAUGCAUGUGCGCCAAGAGCCCACAGUAACCUCUCCACCACCAGACCAGACAGCAUGGGGAUCAACGGGCUAGACAAUCAGGCGCAGCCGUGCAGCGGAGUGUCCCAGACUGAGGAUCCAGCUGCAGACUCUCAGACGGAGCAAAGAGAUGCUUCCCAAGAAGCAGACAGAGGCAAGGAUGAUCAGGCGGCGGGCAGCGAGGGGAAAAUAGUGCAGGAGGACAGCACCGUGCAGCUGUACAAGCCGCCCCCAUCCCCAGCUUCUGAAUCGGAGGUUGUUGUCCAGGUGGAGGAGCACGGCCACAGACCCGCAUUCGUCCCACCCGAGGGAGGCUUCGGCUGGCUGGUGGUUUUUGCGGCAACCUGGUGCAAUGGGUCGAUCUUCGGCAUUCAAAACUCUUUCGGCAUCCUGCACAUGAUGCUGGUGAAGGAGCAUGCAGUCCCAGACGACAAGACGGCGCAGUUCAAAGUGGCCUGGGUCGGAGCUCUGGCCAUGGGCAUGAUCUUCUUCUGUUCACCUGUGGUCAGCAUGUUCACGGACCACUUCGGCUGCAGAAAGACAGCCGUCAGCGGGGCAGCGGUGGCUUUUAUAGGACUGCUCAGUACAUCCUUUGCAAACUCCCUGAGCCUUCGCUAUUUCACAUAUGGCAUACUGUUUGGCUGUGGCUCCUCCUUCGCCUUCCAGCCCUCGUUGGUCAUUCUCGGCCACUACUUCCGCCAGCGCCUGGGCCUGGCCAACGGCGUGGUGACGGCAGGUGCCAGCCUCUUCUCCAUGGGCCUCCCAGUUUUUCUCAAAAAGGUGGUGGGACCUCUAGGCCUCAGCAGGACCUUCCAGAUCCUCAGCCUCUUCAUGCUGGUCCAGGCCCUGCUGGCGCUGAUGUUCAAGCCUUUACUGCCUGCCGGAGGAGGCAUGGGACCACCUGGCAUGGGUCCUGGUCCUGCCAAACCCCAAACCCAGCCAGGGGCCACUGGUCAGGGGGGGAGCAAGUGGAGCAGGGUCCUGAGUGGGGUCAGGAAGUACUUCAACCUGCGUGUGUUUCACAUCGUGACAUACCGGGUGUGGGCGUUUGGAGUAGCCACGGCAGUGCUUGGCUACUUUGUGCCGUACAUCCAUCUGAUGAACUUUGUGAAGGAGCAGUUCAAGGGGACCCAGAAGGAAUGGAUGCUCCUGGUUUGCAUCGGAGCUUCAUCCGGGGUGGGACGCCUCGCUUUCGGCAAGAUCGGAGACCACAUUCCUGGUCUUAAAAAGAUCUACAUGCAGGUGGCGUCCUUCUUUGCUUUGGGCCUGAUGUCCAUACUGAUCCCUCAGUGUUCAGUGUUUGAGGGGCUGGUGGCUGUGUGCGUGUUCCUGGGGCUGUGUGACGGCUGCUUCCUCACCAUGAUGGCGCCUAUAGCGUUCGAGCUGGUUGGGCCCAUGCAGGCCUCGCAGGCCAUAGGCUACAUACUAGGCCUUAUGUCUCUUCCCAUGACUGCGGGUCCACCCAUCGCUGGUCUCCUACGGGAUUACUUUGGGAACUACACAGUGGCCUUCUCCCUGGCCGGGGUGCCUCUUAUGGUGGGGGGCGUGGUGCUCUUCUUUGUGCCCCUGAUACACCGCAGGCUCCAGGCAGCGGCGUCACCAGAGGAGACAUCCACCACUGCUCACAUGCUGCCCACCGCCCCACCAGUGGAGGAGCCCAAGAGCUGCUCCAAUGGAGACAUCCUGCCUGGCUAUACUGACAUAGAGACACACAUCUGAGUUGCACCGUUCAAAGGGAUUCAGCCCACCAGCACCUUUUCUCAUCCUUAGAUUUCCCUCCUAUCAACCAUGGACUUCCUGUCGGCUGACCUUUAACCCUCUCACCCUCCUGGACUCUCAUGGGCUGUUUGUUAUUUUCACACGGAGAGAAAUCGAAAAGGGCGCACUGACUAAAAGCCACAGAGAGGACAAAAGAAGGCACAUCAGCAUAGGACGAUGAUGGGAAUGUAUAAGGAGGAUAAGCACAACACAGUCUCAACUAGGAUUGUUGAAUCAGUGGAGACUCUGUAGUAACACGUACCUCCAAGAGGAAAGAAAUGAGAUUUUAACCGACAGUGGUUUCUGAUUUCACAGGAUUUAUCUUGCUACUUUAGCUUUUUGAAGCUCUAAAAAUACUAUGCUUUGUUUCUAGAUUUCAUAUAAACACAUGGUUAAGAUUAGAGGCAUAUGAAUUAAGAAUUAGUGAAGGGAUGAAUUCACGUUUCCUUUAUGUAGUACCUCAUGCAUCUAUUUUUUUUUUAUUUUAUUUUUUUUUAACCACAAUGCAUUUUAUUCAGUUUGAUUAGCGGAAUCACAAUCCUAUUUUGAUUUGCUUUAUUCUGUUCUGCAGUUUUCUGCUGUGACAGCUGCAACAGAAACACCUGUUGUUUCAUCAUAGGAGGUAUCAACCAUCAGACACAGUCACCUCAACUUCAACAGCACACUGCACUCACACCCAGGGUCCAAAAUACUUCAGACUGUAACUGCUCUACCAGCCUGCCUGCAUGGGGGACAGAUGUGUGAAUGUGGCAACUGUUGGUUCCCACGUACUCAUACACCACAAACCCUAGACUGUUAAGAGUUUUUCACGGUUUGAAUUUAGGUCAGCGACUUUGAAGCUUGUGGCAGGUUAAAGGAAGAUUUCACACUCCAAAUGACAGUUUGUAUAUCAGUUACUCAGCCUGUGUUUUGUUGAAUUCAUGAAGAAAUUUUGGUUUCUCUCACAUGCCAUGGUGAACAGUGAUUCUAAAACGGAGAAAAUUCUUGAUGGAUUGAAGUCAGGGGUCUGCGUUCAACAACAGCAUAUGUUUUCAAACUCUCACAACUCGUGCAGUGUACUCCAAGUCUCAUUUAUCCAGUCGUUUGCUCAUUACUUCCCAAGCAGGCAGCUCUUACAACUGUGAGCUAAAAGUGAAACUUAUCUAAGCUCUCUUCAAGGCCAGACUACAUC